AUGGCGGAGAAGAAACGCGACUUGUGUCGAACGGGCCGGAGAAGGACAGUUAAGCCCAAAACCACAAUGAACUCCAGCCUACCACUCAACUCUUCAGGCUCUGGUAGCCCGCUCUGGUACCAGUAUGAGGCGUGCAAAGACGUAACCGGUGGGUAUGUGUUCUGUUACCUGGUCAAGGUCUUCAACCUGGCGUUUGGCGUUCCUGCUAACAUCAUGGUGAUGUGGCAGGUGGCCAGGAAGAAGAGCGACUCCUCCACCUCCGAUAUCUUCAUCUUUAACUUGGCCAUCAUCGAUACAUACUUCUGCCUGAUGACCCCUAUUGAGCUGGUUAACCGUCUAGUGCUCAACGACGGGAACAUAUGGUACUUCCAGCGAUUCGCCUACGGGAUGAAGGACACCACCCCACUUUUCCUCACCUGCGUUUGCCUUGACCGCUAUGUGGCAGUGGUCCACCCGAUUGUGUUCACCAGCAUCAGGGACAACAAGAUCAGGGUGGCCGUUUCCAUGCUAGUGUGGGGGCUCAUGCUGGCCUACGCCCUCAGCAAGUCUGUUUUGGGGGCAGGAAGCACCAUCAAUUUCUUCGCCGGGCUGAUCCUGGCCGCCUUCACCAUCAUGGUCUUCUGCAACCUCUCCAUCGUCUGGAGUCUGAGGAAGUCGGUCAUGGGCAAAGAGAAGAUACACCCAAUGAAGUUGAAAGCCCUCAGAACAGUGAUCAUCACCCUGGCCAUCAUAGUCUUUAACUACCUGCCCCCAGUGGCUCUUUUCCCCUUCACAGCAUACUACAGCUUUGUGGAAUUCUAUUGUCAGAUCAGCGUGACUGUCUACUCCAUCAUGGACCUCAGUUGCACCAUCGAACCCCUGCUCUACGUGUCUAAAAUGGAGCGGCCGCUAUGCCUCAGCAACCUCCCCUGCAGCUGCUGCCAAAGCCCUUCCAAAGAGCCAGAAACGUAA